AUGAUGAGCCAGUCGUACGCGCUGCCGUUCCCCUCGCCGCCGCUGGCUCCUGGUGGGCCACAAAUUGCGGACACGCGCGUCCCAAUAGGUGAAAGCCACAGGUCAAGGCCGAGAGGCGUCUUCCUGAAGCACUCCAAGAACGCCGAGGUUUCUCUCCGGCUUGACGCCCAAGAAGAGGGCACGUCCGUCCCGGUAUAUGGCCGAGGAGCGGAUAUAGAGGGCGCCGUGCUCGUCCAGCGUACGGAUGGUGCACGAAGCGUCGAAGUGAAGAUUGAGGGAAAGUUACGACUGAAAGAGAUGGGUGAAGGCGGAACCAACUCGGUCAGAUUAUGUUCGGAAUCAGCUCUCCUUUGGAUCCGUAACCCCCGCCGCCCCGACUGUCCUCCCAUACUGCCCUUUAGGUUCCAGUUACCACUGAAUUACGAAGCAGAGGACAAGACCUAUCCUCUCCCGCCUUCGCAUACCGUUAAAUUAUCCGGUCUUCCAGGAUUUUACGCAAGCAUAGAGUACACAAUAAUCGCUACCAUACAACGGCCUCCCUCGGGACCUAAUCUACCCCUCGUCAAGUCCAGCUUUCUCGGUAUCACUCCAGGAACAAUUACCUUAUCCACAGCAUUCCUCUACUACCCCCGCACACGACCACCAGACCCACUCCCCCGCCCCCUCCCACUCUCCCGGCACGGCUUCAGGUCCGCGCCCGAAUGGAUCUGCCACGACGCGUCCAUCCAGCCGCAGGCUGGGAGCGGCGCCCACAGCAUCGCCGUGCGGCUCUAUCUACCCACCGCGCGCGUGUUCGCGCUCACGCAGCGCAUCCCCUUCCACCUCUCCUUCCACUCCACGUCGCACACGCUCGCGCUCUUCCUCCCCAUCGGGCCCACCGCGCACUUCCUCGGGGGCAAGCGGCCCACGCGCCUGCAGCUGCUGCGGCAGUCCGCGGUCAACGUGCGGAAUGCGACCAGCUUGGGCACGAAGACCGACAUGUGGCGCGUCGACUGCAUCGGCGAGGCGUCCUUCCGGCACACGGGCGACGGUCCCACCUGGAGCGCCUUCUCCGGGGUAAUUGACAUCGAGGAAGGGGUAACUGUCCCUGGCUUUCGCGCGGCGGGACUGAAUGUGAAGGACUGCAUCGUCCUAUCGAUAUCGCCCCCGGAGGGGUACAAGUCGCCGUUCAGCGAGCUGCGGGAGACGAUCCCGGUGCGGCUGACGACGGAUGCAUGGUCGGAGGAGGUGCCGCAUGCGCAGCCGCCUGCGUAUAUUCCGCAUUUUUCGCCGCCUCCUGGGUUGCUGGCGGAUUGA